AUGAACGUUAAAAAUAAAAUUAAAUUAAAGUAAAAUAAAAUAAAAAAAAUAUACAAAUAGAAUAAACUCACUCACACAUACACACAAAUGGGAGUAUACUCUAAAGGUGAAUUCAAGGUCAUGGGUUAUGAACUCAAGAAAGAGUAUUGCAUAUGGUUAGGUUAUAUGCACAUACUUGCUGUAGCUGGUCUUAUCUACUGGCUUUUAUAAGAAAAGGAAUUGUUCACAAAGAGUCUUUACAUGUUCCUUAUUUUCCACUUGAUGGGAGGUUUAGGUAUUACUGCUGGCUCACAUCGUCUCUGGGCUCACAGAAGUUACACUGCCAAGACUCCCUACAGAAUUUUGGUUAUGCUCUUUAACAGCAUGGCCUUCUAAGGUUCUAUUUUCCACUGGAGCAGAGACCACAGACUCCACCAUAAAUUCUCGGACACAGAUAUUGAUCCUCACUCAAUGAACAAGGGAUUCUUCUUUGCUCACGUUGGCUGGUUACUUGUCAAGAAAUCUCCUGAACUUAAAAAGGAAGGUGAAAAAUUGAAUAUUUAGGAUCUUAAGGAUGACCCUGUUGUUAUGUUCCAAAAGAAGCACUACUUCUUGAUUUCUACAUUGGUCUGCUUUGUUAUUCCAACUGUCAUUAUGCAAUACACCAUUGGAGGAGGAUUCAUCUACAACUUUUUGAUGAGCUGUUUCAGAUACGUCUUUAUGCUUCACACUACCUGGUGUGUAAACAGUGUAUGCCACAUGUUUGGUAGCAGACCUUAUAACGAGUCUAUUUUACCCACUGAAAACCUCUUCGUUAGUAUUAUUGCUCUCGGUGAAGGAUGGCACAACUGGCAUCACGAAUACCCCAGAGAUUGGAGAGCUGCCGAAAAUAAAUGGACUAAGAUCAACUUUACUUCCGGCUUUAUCAAGUUCUUCGAAUUUUUGGGUCAAUGUGAUACCAAUGGAAUUAAGAAAAACGAAUCUUGA